AUUUUAAUAUUUUUCGUUUAUUUAUGCUUCAUAAUAAUAUUAAUAAUAUAAUAAUAUAUUAUCAAACUCGAGUCCAUAGUUCAUAGUCCAAGUCCAAGACCAAGACUAAGUUAAGCUUACAAGUACCUUACACUUACUUAGUCUUUCUUAGUCUAGUAUGUAAUGUAAGUAAGGCAACAGGACCAGGAGACAUUAAUACAUACGAAUUACUACUCCAAAAGUAGGCCUAUGAUACUAUGAUGACUAUUAUUAUUAUGACUUAUACUUAUACUAUAUAAUAUAUACAUUUACAUACUCAUAUCAUAAUAUAUAUUAUUUUGAAUUGAAUAAUAUAAAAUAUAUUGUCUGGUAUUAUUGGCAUUGACAACUAUACUAUAACCGAAUAAGUAAUUCAUUUUCAUAUUUUUGAUGUAUAAUUAUAAUAUAUAGUUAUAGUAUUAAUAUAUUAUAUUAUAGUACCAUAUUGAAAAUGUUUAUUAUAGUCAGCAUCAUAAUCAGAGGCACAGUUAAAGUUAUUUUAAAUUUAAGUCUAUUAACUAUGAAUGAUAGAGGGUAGACCUUAAACUUACUAUACUAUGAGUAUGAGCCUAUCAUCUAUCCAUGGCCUAUGCAGACCAGGGGCAUCAUUUCAGGUAUUUUCAGGGGAGAGGGGGGGCGGGGACCAAAACUUGGUGGGCUUGGUUAAGUUGUUUAUUACUGGAGGCGCCACAGUACAUAGAAAUUUAAAUAAAACCCACAAAUUGGUGGGGGGGGGGGGGUAAAUGCCCCACCUCGCCCUAUUUAAACGUUCGAGUUGUUGUGAUUUACAAACUAUAAACACUUGAUCAAACUAAUUAUUGUUUAGAAUAAAUUGUUCGCCCUAUUUAAACGGUGUCCUUGAUGCAGACUACAACUUAUUGCUUAAAAAUUUACCAUACUAUAUAUCAAAUAUAUGAAUUAUACAUUAAAUGGCAACAGCUGUCUAUGCAAUUUUAAUCUAUGUUGUAAUAUGGAAUAAUUAUAGUUUGAUGGUAGGCUUAAUUAAUAAAAAAUAAUAAUACUAUUAAUACCACUACUGUAUUUUAUUAUAUUAGUUUAAUUAAAUAUUAAUUUAUACAUUGGUAUGUAUGUUUGGGGAAGAAUAAAAUCCAUCCUGAGGAGCAUAACAAACAAAAUACUUUACUGAAAUCCGAAAGAUAAGUCAAUGAGUUUCUUCUCUGCUUGUUUUGAGUCAUAGGCUAGAGGAAUAUUAUGAGCAAUUCAUGAUCUUUUUCCAUCCCUUUCUUUCUUAAGUUUAAGCUAUUCGUUCCAGCUCAUUCCAUUUCUUUCUUGUGGAUGUUUUCAACAUCUCUGAUUCUGUUACAAUGUCUUUGCUAAGUCAGUCUCUUUAUCUCUUGCCUUGUUGCCAAGGAAAAUUAGCUAAGAUUUCCAUAUGAUAUACCGGUAUAUACUUUAAUAUUAUAUUAUAUUAUAUUAUGGCAUGGGUGAUGCGGAUAUGAUAACCUUUGGAAGAUGAAAUAGGAUAUAAAGAGAAAGAAGAUGGUACAAAGUAAAGUAAUUAAGUUAAGAAAUUGUGACAGUGAAGAGUGAAAUAAUCAGAUUCAGUAUCAGUAACCCCAGAUAAUAAUGAACAUAAAACUUUUAUUUUUUGAAUUUAAAAAAGCAUUAGAGUAAUUUUUUGUUUUUAUUUAAUUGGGCAAUAUAUAUAAAAAAAAAAUAAAUAUAUAUUAUACAUGUAUAUAUAUAUAUAUAUAUAUAGGCCUAUAUAUAUAUAUAUGUAGAGAAAGCCUUCAUAUAAUGUAUUAUACUUAUACUAUACAUAUUUUCUUUUUUUUUUUGCAGAUUACAAACAAAAUGGUGGUCAACUUAAUUUACCGUUGCAUACACUUGUGGGUCAUAUUUAAUUUAAGUCUUAUAUUUGCUGUCCUAACUAUUUUGCGCAUGGCAAUAUUGUUAGUUAGAAAAGGUCCACGCAAGAUGUUUGAAUGGAAAAAUAGAGAUAAAGAACCUGAGUGCCUUGGAAAUAAAAGUUUAGGUACACAUGGGUAUCUUCACUUAGAGGUGACUAUAUUAUUAGUAAUGUGCUAAAAAAAGUUGCUAUCAUUUAUUUACACCAUAACUACUAACUACCGAAAAUCUCCAUCUAAUAUACUAAUAGGUUACUUGAUUAUUUAUAUUUGCGUCCAGUGUUUAAAAGUAAGGAAGAAUAGUUAAAUUAAUGUUGAAGUCUUUAUUCCAUCACACCUCACUUCAGGGUGUGUACCACUGCAUGUAAUAGUUACUUUUUAAUAAAAUACACUUUUCUAUUAGAAACUGUUAAAAUUCCAUGAAUAAAAGUGAGUUUUGGCACCUGUAUCAAACAAAUAAAAUCAAUAUUCUAAUUUGGUAAUAAUGUGCAAUAGAAGUGGAAAGAUUUGCUACAGCCCACAAAAAUACAGAUCAACAGAUUUCAGUAACAAAAAACACACUUUUUAUUUAUAAUUCAUGGACAUAUAUUUUUUUUAAUAAAAAAAAUUAAUUAGUACAUGCAGUGGUACACAUAUUAAAAGUAGUUACUGACUUUUUUUUUUUUUUUGCAAUCUGCAAAACACGGGUACUAUGUUUCCUUUCAGGAUAUUAGAAUCCACUAUGUCAGCAAUGGAUCUGAUGACAAACCAUUGAUGCUUUUGUUACAUGGAUUUCCUGAGUCAUGGUAUUCAUGGAGGUAUCAACUGCAGUAUUUUGCUAAAGAUUACAGGUAAUUUUAAAAUGGAAAUACCCUUAUUAACACCAGUGUGGACCCUCCCCCACACCUUCCUUUUUUUUUUUUUUGUUUGGUGGGGGUGGGGAGUAAAUGCCAAAUAGAAUGUUGAAAGCCAUUUUGUUUGCUGAAUGUAAAAACAUCUCCUUGUUUCCUUUGAAUUUUUUUACAACUGGGUUCACACCUUCCUUUUUUUUUUUUUUGUUUGGUGGGGGUGGGGAGUAAAUGCCAAAUAGAAUGUUGAAAGCCAUUUUGUUUGCUGAAUGUAAAAACAUCUACAUGAUUUCAUUGAAUUUUUUUACAACUGGGUUAAUAUUAAAGUUAUGGAUCACAUACAUAUUUUAAAAUUUCUUCUAUUUUAAAAUAUUGUUACCCGGUGCACGUUAGUUUACCCCAUUGACUUAACCUUGUCAGCAUAUCACAUUCCAGUAAGUGACAAGUCAUAAAUAAGGUGUCGGAGCAGCCUCCAGAGUUGACUCAGGUGUACUUUAAACCAGACAAAAUGAAUCUUUAUAUAUACUGGUUGUAUUCCCCUAGAGUUAGAGAAAGACUCACUGAGACAAGAUGCAUGAAUAGUUUGCUUUCCAUGGCAUUUGCUAAGUAUUAGAUAGAGCUCUCCAACAGUUAGCAGUAAUAGUACAGUAAUCAAAGUCAAGUACUUAUUAAAGUUCAUGUUUAUUCCAGGAGCUUAGACUUGUGUUAGUACUCUUUAUCUUACUGUGAGGAUUAGAUAUUUGUGGUGUAAGACCGUUAUUCAUUAUGAUAUAUCUUAUUUUAUUCCAUGUAAUAAAGUAAAUUUAUAUUAGAAUGCUAUUCGGAUGUCAUUUGUGGUAGUUUAUUUUAAUUAAACUUAAGAAGUAAGUUUACAAACAUAUAGUCCAUUCAAUUAUCUUUCAUUUGAUACCAAAUUUUGUCUUACAAACCCUACAAUAAUUUAAAAAUAUUUGUUAAUAAACCCAAACUCUCUCUUCUUGGACACGGGUCCGAAUAGCCACAGCCUUUUUUCUUUCUUGUUGUUUUGUCUGCUGCUGAAGGCUUCUGGCUGAAACAUUCAUUUGAUAUUUGAUAGUCCUGUUCUUUCCUUUGAAGCUUUUUCCUAACACUUGGCACUUCUUCUAAUAAUGUUACAGUUAGUAAAAUAAAGGUUGUGUUGCUUGUUUUUAAUUUAUUUUAAGCAAUCAGGCCACCUUCCAUUUCAGUAUUGUAGUGGUGAAAAUAGUAUGAAUAGUAACCUCACUAUAACUAUAAUUUCUAUAAUUAUACUAAUUAUAGUAUUAUGCAAUAAUAUCUAUACUAUAAAAAACAUUUAGUUAUAAAUGUUAACCUUUCCAAUGAUAUUUAUACAUAUCAGUUUUAUUUAUGUUUACAGAGUGGCAGCAGUAGAUCUAAGAGGAUAUGGGGACUCUGAUAAACCAUCUAGUAUUAGUCAGUACAAGAUGGAACACCUUGUAAAAGAUGUUAAGCAAAUAAUCACGGCCCUCGGUGAGUGUUAAUACUACUUAUCUGAAGUUAUCUCAUACACUAUAAAAAAAGCCUUUAAAGAUGUUUUUUCUGUCCCUAAUGUGACAAUAUUCAAUAGAUGUGUUAACAAAAAGUCUCUUCUAAUCAAUUUUAUAGGAUGCUUUGGUUCCAUCAGUUACAAAUUAAGAAAUUUAUGGUAGGCCUUUCUACAUAAAAUACCAAAUUAUCAAUUUUUUUCAAAUUCUCUCUCCUCUAAAUAAAAUAUUUUUAAAGAUAUGCAAGUAAGAAGAAAUGUAACUUCACUGAGAUUAAUAAAAAAAAAAGAUAUCUUGAAAUGAUCUACUGUACUUAAAUAAAGCUACUUUAAAAUGAUAAUAUUGGAUGAUUGAUUCAAACAAACUGAAAAGUGUCCAUAAAAUUUGUACCUUGAAACAUAGAUUAAUCUGAAAAUACUUUUCAAAUGUUUGAUAUUUCAGGAUAUAGAUCAUGUGUUUUAGUGGGACAUGAUUGGGGUGGUGGUAUAAGUUGGGCAUUUGCUGGAUCUUACCCAGACAUGGUUGACAAAGUCAUAAUCCUCAACUGUCCACACCCUCAGAGUUUCUAUAAAUAUUUGCUCUCUCAUUGGGAACAGUUUAAAAAGUCAUGGUAAGAAAGCUUAUAGAUUUUACCACGUCUUUGGUAACACAGAUAGCUAAAUUAAUCUAGCAAAAUAACACUAGGUAGUUUCUAGAGCAGAUGCCAUUGUUUCUCAAAUACAGCAGAAUGAAUCACUUGUGCAACUUAGUAGAUUUUAACUUCAAAAAAGCUGACAGUGAAAAAUAGGCUUUGGAAACAUUGGCAUUUGCAAAACUUUUUACAAACUUUUGUUCGGUUUAUUUCACAUAUUUAAAAAAAUGUAUACUUUUAACAAUUAUAAAUAUUUCAUAGCUUUUCAAAAUUUAUAAUAGAAGAUUAUAUUUUAAUUGUUAUAGUACCAGGUAUUUUUAUUAACAAUUAGAUGAUGAAAAAUAUAAUUGUCUUAUCUUAAAUUCACUUUUUACCAUUCCUUAGGUACAUGUUUUUCUUUCUGAUACCUGUCCUGCCAGAGAUUUACAUAAAACUGAGUGAUAUGAAAUUCUUUGAUAUUAUUUUUCUUGGGAAAAAAGAUGGUGUUUUAACUGGAGCUACAACUAAAGAUGAUGUUGAGGCAUAUAAAUACUUAUUUCAGAAGUAUGGUGUGUAUAAAAUUCAUAUUUUAAUGAUAAUUUAUCAAGUCUUUGGGAUAGUCUUAAAGUACUGUUAACACAGUCUAUUAUCAGCUGUUAAAUAAAUCGGUACAAUGAAAAAGUGUUCUCAGCACAAACAUUAUUAUUAUACAACUAAUUUGGAUUAUACAAUCAUUUGGACAAUGGAUACAAUUUUUGUGGGCAUUUAAAGCAAAGUACUAGAAAACUUUGAGCAAAUGGGAACAAAAUUAAAAUUCAUAAUAUAUAACUCUGAACAACACUUGAUAGCUUUUAAGUAAAAGUAACAAUGACAUUCGUGGUAUUGAGGAAGAAAAUCAAAUACGGUAUUCAAUAAAAUUAUAAAUUUAUGUUUGUAUUAGCAUUUUAGAAUUAUCCACUUCUUAUUUUCUUUUCUGAUUAAAAAUGUUACAAUAUAUUUUAGGCUCCUUGACUGGUCCUAUAAAUUACAUACGAGCAAUUGUGCUAUUUGGAGUGCCAUCAAGAUUUCACAAAAUUGUAACUAAACCUGUGCUUCUUAUCUGGGGCUGUCGUGAUCUUGCAAUCGAGAGGGGCCAAGCUGAGGCAUGCCAGGCAUAUGCAGAAAACCUAACAAUCAGAUAUUUGGAAAAUGCCAGCCACUGGGUGCAAAUGGAUGAGCCUAACCAAGUGAAUGAAUUGAUCAAAACUUUUAUUGCCUCAUGAACUAUUUUUAAUGACACCACUGUUGUUUGAUAUCAGGGAUGAGGUAAUUGGUUAUUUUGUUUGAGCUGUUAUUCUUGCAUGAAUAAAUUUACUGUCAUUUGAGAAUGCUACCACUACAAGCUUAAAAAGACAUAUUAUGACAAUUAAUUAUGGUUGUGCAAGCAUAUGUGUAUGAAGCAUAAUAAUUUUGUGCAGUGAAAAUAAAUUUAUUUAAUAUUUUAUAGUAAAUAAACAUUUAAAUGUUUAAGGCAAAAAAAAAUUUGUUAUCAAGCUUUCCCAAUACUGUUUAUAAUGCAUCAUACUUUUAAUGGUAAAUUGUGUACAUGAUUUAUUAACUAAAACAUUAUUGAUGAUAAUAAAUGUAAUUUUAAAAAUGUAUUUCAACUACUGCAUGGCUUUCAUUAUCUACACCUAGCUUAAAUUUUUCAUAAAUUAAUAUACUUCAUCAUUACGUCAUAAUUAAAUACUUCAUUACUUUAUUAUUGGAACUCUAUAUGUAUUUAGGAUUUUAAAGUCAAAUGUACUAAAAUCCAUUUAUGAGAGCUGAAAAUUGCUAGCCAUGUUCAUAAGCCUAUGCCACUAUGAAAGAGUUAAUUUAGGAUGGUUAAUUGCACUUAAAAAAUAACAUGAAAGUAUCUUCUUGUAAAGCUUUUUAAUUUAUAAAUAAAAAACACUUUGCAAACUAUUUUAAAACUAUUUAAAUCAAGCAACGA